AUGAACGACACGUCGUUGAGCGACGCGUCCAAGAUGACCAGCACGUCCCUCGAGCAUGCCAGCUUCCCUCCUUUUUCUUCGAUAAAAUGGGAAACGCUACGUCACCUGGCCGCCGUGACAGGCGAGGCCGCCAUCCAGAUGUUGCUGACGGCUGGCUCGGAAGCCCAACAACGCCCGAUCGCUCAGGAGUUCCGGAUACCAGUGCUUCUACUUGACGAGAAAGACCCCUGCGACUCUCGAAGAACGUUCUCCGUGGCACUUCGGAAAGACUACAGCGUGACUGCUUCGCAAGCAUUCGACUUCUCUCCGGCCCCGGCACCUAAACUGGAGCCGGAGCCAAUGUAG